AUGCUAACAUCGUUAUUAUCGACGAUUUGGCCCAAAGAUAAACCAAGUUUCAAAGCUAGAGUUGUCAUAGCUUUAUCCUUAUUAAUAGGGUCCAAAUUAUUAAAUGUUCAAGUACCAUUUUUUUUUAAAAGUAUUAUAGAUGAGAUGAACAUAGAAUGGACAGAUCAUUUAGGAACAGUAGGGACAGUGAUAGGGAGUUUGAUUGUAGCCUAUGGAGGUGCAAGAUUUGGUGCUGUAUUAUUUGGGGAAUUAAGAAAUGCAGUAUUUGCAUCUGUAUCACAAAGUGCUAUCAAGAGAAUAGCAUAUAAUACCUUUUUACAUCUUUUAAAAAUGGAUUUACAAUUUCAUUUAUCUACUCAAACUGGGGGGUUAACUCGUGCCAUUGAUCGUGGUACAAAAGGUAUAAGUUAUGUUUUAAGUGCUAUGGUGUUUCAUAUCAUUCCUAUUACAUUUGAAAUUAGUGUGGUUUGUGGGAUUUUAACUUAUAAUUAUGGUUUAUCAUUUGCUGCAGUUACCAUUGCAACUAUGGUUGGAUAUUCUAUAUUCACAAUUAGAACUACAAGUUGGAGAACUGGAUUCAGAAGACAAGCUAAUAAUGCUGAUAAUCAAGCUGCAUCAGUAGCAUUGGAUUCAUUGAUUAAUUAUGAAAGUGUGAAAUACUUUAAUAAUGAAUUAUAUCAAGCGUCAAAGUAUGAUGAAUCUUUAGUUAAAUAUCAAAAUGCAUCUAUUAAAGUUGCUACUUCAUUGGCAUUUUUAAAUGCGGGUCAGAAUUUAAUCUUCACCAGUGCAUUGACUGCUAUGAUGUAUAUGGGAUGUCAAGGUGUAGCCAGUGGGACCUUAUCUGUCGGAGAUUUGGUUUUAAUUAAUCAAUUGGUCUUUCAAUUGAGUGUACCUUUGAAUUUCUUAGGUUCAGUUUAUCGUGAAUUAAAACAAUCAUUAUUAGAUAUGGAGAAUUUAUUUCAAUUACAAAAUCAUGAGAUUAAAAUUAAAGAUUCUCCUAAUGCAAGACCGUUAUUAUUAAAUCCAAUUGGAAUUCCAGGUGAAAUUAAAUUUGAAAAUGUCACAUUUGGAUAUCAUCCUGAUCGACCAAUUUUGAAAAAUGCUAGUUUCACCAUUCCGGCCGGUCAAAAAGUAGCUAUUGUUGGACCAUCAGGAAGUGGGAAAUCAACUAUUUUAAGAUUAGUAUUUAGAUUUUAUGAUGUUGAUAAAGGGAGAAUUUUAAUUGAUGGACAAGAUAUUAGUAAAGUUGGGUUAGAAAGCUUACGUAAACAAAUUGGAGUUGUACCUCAAGAAACUCCUUUAUUCAAUGAUACCAUUAGAGAAAAUGUAAGAUAUGGAAGAUUGGAUGCCAAAGACGAUGAAAUUGAUACCAUGAUUAAACAAGUUCAAUUGAAUAAAUUAAUCAAAGAUUUACCUGAUGGAAUGAAUACGAUUGUUGGUGAAAGAGGGAUGAUGAUUUCUGGUGGUGAAAAGCAGAGAUUAGCUAUAGCCAGAUUAUUAUUAAAGAAAGCACCAAUUACGUUUUUCGAUGAAGCUACUUCAGCUUUAGAUACUCAUACUGAACAAGCAUUAUUAAGAACCAUAAGAAAUGUAUUUAGACAACAUGGAUCUACCAAUGUUUCUAUUGCUCAUAGAUUGAGAACUAUUGCUGAUGCUGAUAAAAUCAUUGUCUUGAACAAAGGAGUUGUUCAAGAAGAAGGUAGUCAUUAUGAAUUAUUAGCCAAUCCAAAUACGUUAUAUGCUCAAUUAUGGAAUAUUCAAGAGAAUUUAGAUAUGGAUGAACAAUUAAAAGAAGAUGAAAAGUACUCCGCAGCCCAAGCCAAAGCACAAGAAGAAGCAAAACAACAAUCAUCAUCAAACUAA